UUUGGCUUUUAUAUAUUUCUUAUUUGAUCAAAAAAGAUGCCUAAGCAAGUGUUCGACAUUAAACAAUUCCUCGAAAUCACCCGCAGAAAGGAUGCCAGCUCUGCUCGUGUAAAGAAGAACGGUGACAAGUACAAGUUCAAGGUACGAUGCUCUCGUUUCUUGUACACUCUCGUUGUCAAUGACAAGCAAAAGGCCAACAAGCUUAGACAAUCUCUUCCUCCUGCUCUUAGCGUCAAGGAUAUCUAAACGACAAUAUGAUCGAAUCAUGAUUACUUUUUGAUUUACCUCUAUAUCUAUCUAGUCUUAGUUAUUCUCUUUUAUUCAUUUUUUUGGGCUCUACGCUUGCAAUAAAGGAAAUUAUAAAGUCAAUCAUCAACAUUAUCAGCAUCAACGUCGAAUUAUAUUUGAGUAGAUAGAUCAAGAAGAGAGAAC